CUUGUUUAGACAUGAAAAAAAAAACAAAAAAAAACAGUAGAAAAUCGACUAUUGAUGAUCCACGAGCCCGAAAAUAUCCUGGGAUGGACAGAGCGGAGCCGGAUUGUCCUUCGAUCAGCAUGCCAUCAUGCUGCCGCUUCCCAACAGACGGCCCCAGUCAAAUUCUGGUUCCAAUCAUUUGGGGGUGUCAAGGCUAUGAUGGAAUAUCUGAACAACGCACGCACAAAUUCCAGAGCGAUUGUCCUGGUGCACAUGAUGACGGACAACACCGAAAGCAGCCAGGGAUCGAUGAGGGACGAUAACUUUGCCAUUAACAAGCAGAUCAAUUGUCACGGAAGGAAGAUGAACAUCCGGUGGACCCCAAAAAUUUGGUUCUGCCUUUUCCACCGAUACUGGAAGUGUCCACCAAGUCCCACAGGUUAUUACGGUUACUGUAAACCGAUGUGACUGCAAAGAUGACUUUUCUCAGCAGGAAAAACCUAACUAAAUGGAAUCAAAAUUCCAGGUUUGUCAUUGCCGCCAAACCUCACUGGCAGAAAAAAAGUGCGGACGCGUACCGUUCCUGGCCGAAGGAGUUCCUGCUUCCGGAGGAGAUGCGCUGGACAACACCACAGACUAGCAUUCUACGGCGCAGAACGGUUUGCAUGCAGUAACCAGCAGUGCCAGAAGGAAUUAGUGAAAAAUAAAUGAAUAAAUUAAGUUACAAAGUGUUCUAGUUUAUAAAUUCUGAAAAUCCUUA